UCGCAAUGGACUCUCCCAGCGCUCGGUGCGUGUGGCGGAGGCUGCAGCGCUGACGCCGGGCUGGUACCCGCGGGCUGCUCCUGCUGGAUCCCCACGAGCAUCCUUCCUCCUCGGAGCAUCCUUCCUUCUCACAGCCGGUGCUGGAGCAGACCACGCGCUGACACAGGUGUGGGCCACGCGGAUGGGUAGCGCUGCUGCCCGGCCCUCCGCAUCCAACCGCGGCCCCCGGGCGUGAGGGCUCAGUCCCGAUUCAAAGACCCCCCCCCUAAAAAAGCCCCACGCCGCCAUCCCAUCCCAACGUCACCAUGGACGAGAGCUUCCGAGACCGGACGGCGUUCAUCCGCGGCGCCAAAGACAUCGCCAAGGAGGUGAAGAAACACGCGGCCAAGAAGGUGAGCAAGGGCAUGGACCGCGUGCAGGACGAGUACACCAAGCGCUCCUACAGCCGCUUCGAGGAGGAGGACGACGACGAGGACUACGCGCCGCAGGACGGCUACUACCGGGGCGGUGAGGGGGCGGCCGAGGAGGAGGGGGCUUCCAGCGAUGCCACCGAAGGGCACGACGAAGAGGAUGAGAUCUACGAGGGCGAGUACCAAGGCAUCCCGAGGCAGGACUCGCUGAAGGGCGGCGAGAGGCUGGGGGGCGAGGUGACCCCCGGGGCCUUCGAUGACAGCGAGGGGCAGCGGCGCAAGGACAAGGAGGAGCUGGCGCAGCAGUACGAGCUCAUCCUGCAGGAGUGCGGCCACGGGCGCUUCCAAUGGAGCCUCUACUUCGUGCUGGGACUGGCGCUGAUGGCCGACGGCGUGGAGGUGUUCGUGGUGGGCUUCGUGCUGCCCAGCGCCGAGAAGGACAUGUGCCUCUCCGACUCCAACAAGGGCAUGCUGGGUGAGUAG